CGCGCGCAGCUGCAGACGGCGGCCCGAUGGAGCCCGAACCUGGGUCCGCCGAGGUGGAGGUUCCUCCCGGGCGCGUGCUCAGUGUGCCGGAGCUCUUCGCCGCCCGCUCGCGGCCCCAGAAGCUGCCCCAGCGCUCGCAUGGCCCCAAGGACUUCCUUCCCGACGGCUCGGCGGCCCAGGCUGAGCGGCUGCGCUUGUGCCGCGAGGAGCUCUGGCAGCUGCUGGCGGAGGAGCGCGUGGAGCGCCUGGGCAGUUUGGUGGCCGCCGAGUGGAGACCGGAAGAAGGCUUCGUGGAGCUGAAGUCUCCUGCGGGUAAAUUCUGGCAGACUAUGGGCUUCUCAGAGCAGGGACGGCAGCGGCUUCACCCGGAAGAGGCCUUGUAUCUGCUGGAGUGUGGUUCCAUCCAGCUCUUCCACGAAGACCUGCCACUGUCUAUCCAGGAGGCCUACCAGCUGCUGCUGACUGAGGACACUGUGACUUUCCUGCAGUACCAGGUCUUCAGCCACCUGAAGAGACUGGGCUAUGUGGUUCGACGAUUCCAACCCAGCUCCGUCCUGUCCCCUUACGAGAGGCAGCUGAACUUGGACGGCCAGCACCUGGAGGAUCGGCACGGCAAGAGGAAGAGGAGGAGCUCCAGCUCUCGGUCCAUUAAUAAGAAGCCCAAGGCCCUGGAGAACCCCCUGCAGGGGGUGGAUGGGACACCCGAGAGCCUGGCAACCUCCAGCCCACCUCCCCGAAACCAGAACAGCCGAUGCCCAGAGGAGAAACCCCAGGAGUCAAGCCCUGUAAAGGGCCCAGAGGGCCCCUCCCAGCUUCUGGGGUCCCUGGAGCCCUGCCCUGGUCUGCCCAGGGAGGGGGUGCGGUGCAGCCAGGAGAGUGGCAAAGUAGAGAACGGGGUCCAGGGGCCGUGUAAGCCACGCUGGAACUUUGAGCAAAUCUCCUUCCCCAACAUGGCUUCAGACGGCCGCCACACCCUCCUGCUUGCCCCCGCGCCAGAGCUGCUCCCGGCCAAUGUUGCCGGGCGGGAGACGGACGCCGAGCCCUGGUGCCAGAAGCUCAACCAGCGGAAGGAGAAGCUCUCCAGGCGGGAACGGGAGCAGCAGGCAGAGGCCCAGCACUUCCGGGAGGACGUGAACUCAGAUCCCGAGGUGCAGCGCUGCUCCAGCUGGCAGGAGUACAAGCAGCUGCUGCAGAGGCGGCACCUGCAGAAGACCCAGAGCCGCCCCCCACACCUCUGGGACCAGGCUGUCACCCCCUUGCUGAGUCCUGGUCAAGCAGACUCCCCAGCCACAGCCCUUCAGCUUAUCUCUGUGCUGCAGACAACACACCUUGCCGAUGGAGGGGCCCGGCUGCUCGAAAAGUCUGGAGGCUUGGAGAUCAGCUUUGAUGUCUACCAGGCUGACGCUGUGGCCACGUUCCGAAAGAAUAACCCCGGCAAGCCCUACGUUCGGAUGUGCAUUAGUGGAUUUGAUGAGCCAGUCCCAGACCUCUGCACCCUCAAGCGGUUGUCCUACCAGAGCGGGGAUGUUCCUCUGAUCUUUGCCCUGGUGGACCACGGAGACAUCUCCUUCUACAGCGUCAGGGACUUCACGCUGCCCAAGGAUGUGGAACACUGACCACGCAGCUCUGGCAGGGCCUGGGGUCUGCUUUGGGGGACCUGGACUGUCUACUCUCAGGGACCAUCUCAGUUGCCUCCUACACCCAGACUCUGAUCUGUAGCUUCAGGGGCUAGUCUGGGCCUUGGCCCUGGGUGUCUGGCGCUUGCAGGAGAGCAAAGCCUUGCCCCCUGCCUGGCUGCUGCAGCGCUUCCAAGCCCCACGUCUGAGAGUGCUGCUUUGCAGUGAUCCCCUGCAAACUCAGGACUAGAUUUCAGAGACCCAGCGAGGUGGGGCAGAAGAGAGGACUCUGUGCCUUUAAUUGAGAGGGUGCCUGCUUCAUGCGAUAAAGCCAAAGCCAUUAAAAAAAAAAAAAAAAUCCCCUUUUCUGCUGUGA